UACGACCGUUGCUUUGUGGCAGCUGUAGAAGAGGAAGAUGGCGGCCGCCUUAGCUGUUCGUGGAGCCGUCUCUGCACCGGCCUUUGGGCCGGAGGCGCUCACUCCAGACUGGGAAAACCGAGAAGUCUCCACAGGGACCACGAUCAUGGCUGUGCAAUUUGACGGGGGCGUGGUUCUAGGAGCAGACUCCAGAACAACCACUGGGUCGUACAUCGCCAAUCGAGUGACUGACAAGCUGACCCCUAUCCACGAUCAUAUCUUCUGCUGCCGCUCAGGCUCGGCAGCUGAUACCCAAGCAGUAGCCGACGCUGUCACGUACCAGCUUGGUUUCCACAGUAUUGAGCUGAACGAGCCUCCACUAGUGCACACAGCUGCCAGUCUCUUUAAGGAGAUGUGUUACCGCUACAGAGAAGAUCUGAUGGCAGGAAUCAUCAUCGCAGGCUGGGACCCUCAAGAAGGAGGGCAGGUGUACUCUGUUCCCAUGGGAGGUAUGAUGGUAAGACAGUCCUUUGCCAUCGGAGGCUCCGGGAGCUCAUAUAUCUAUGGCUAUGUUGAUGCUACCUAUCGGGAAGGCAUGACCAAGGAUGAAUGUCUGCAGUUCACUGCCAAUGCUCUUGCUUUGGCUAUGGAACGGGAUGGCUCCAGUGGAGGAGUGAUCCGCUUGGCAGCCAUUCAACAGUCGGGGGUAGAGCGGCAGGUGCUUUUGGGAGACCAGAUCCCCAAGGUCACCAUCUCCACUUUGCCACCUCCCUAAAGCCUAGGAUUCCCAUCCCGACACACAAGCUAAUAAACAGUUUGUCAAAGACC